UCCACCGUGGCGGAGAGCGGAGGCAGGAUCUCUCAGUUCCUCCGGCGCCGCGUUCGCUGCCUGCCUCCCUCGCUUACUCGCUCGCCAGAAAACAUAAAGUGAAAGUGAUAGAGUGAAACGUCUAAUAGACGUGCAAUAAGAGUGAGAUUUAUCAGGUGAUCCUUCUUACAUCUCCCUGUGUACUGACACCAGUCAUCUACCGCGUGCACACAGGUGAGACUUUAAUCAAAGUUGUUGUGGCAAAGACCACCGUCCAGAGGCGAGGAGUGCAACAGGAACACACGGAAAAAGAAGUGUGCCAGAGUACCGAGUGCCUUGCAUGGUGUCGUUCACGCGUCUGUCUCCUGUGGGCUGCAAGAAGGAGGCGCGUCCCCCUGCUGAGCUUUCCACAUCUGUCCGGACACAUGCAUCUCUCCUAAAGGUGCAGCGAGAGGCGCACGUGUGAGUAGACGAGGCUGUAGUGAACAAUCCGACGCGAUGGGCAACACUUACGGGCGUGAAGACUCACUAGACUCCAACGGCAGAACGUCGCGGAGCAGCAGCCUGCUGAGGAAGUACAGCAAGUCCUUCAAGUGGCGCGAGGCAGAGGAGGGGAGCGGAGAGCGUGCCGAGCAGGAGAGUGGAGGCGAGGUGGAGGUGCCUCCCCCCAAGCUGACGGAGGAGCAGCGGGAAGUGGUGAAAAGGACGUGGAAGAUCAUCGAGGCGAGCGUUGCUAAGGUCGGCGUGGUGCUCUUCAUGGGAUCGUCCUGGACACGAGGGCACAUGAAUUUCUCAAAAGCUCCGGGAAGUGUGCGCAAACUUAGAAAAAGUUGAGAACCGCUGACCUCGACCACUGAUUUUCGAUCACUGACUGGUGUCCUGGGAAGUACGUGGGAAUUAGUGAAGGAAGAUUGAUCAUCCUUCAGACAAAGCGCACAUUGCAAAUUUCCCAUUGACGUUUGUAUGUAUGGAGAAGGCUUUUAUUUUUUUUGUCAUCUUUAUAAUUAAAUCAAUAUCUUCAGUUUUAAAUUUUGAUACAUAUUUCUAAUGGGUAAUCACUUUAUUUCUUACUAAUAUUGGUAUAUCUGAUAAGCCUUUUAUUUCUGAAAACUGUUGUGCCCGAAUAAAAUUAAUAUCUUUA